AUGCGUCCAACCACUGUUCUAUGUCUUCGCCGCUCAGUGCUUGAAGUCGAGCGAAAAUUUUCAUGCGGCCCAAAAUCAAACGAGAUAUUCCGUUCUAGCACAGGCUCACCGCAAUUCCUCCAUCUAAAGAACGUUGGCCAGAGGACAUUUGAAGACCAGUACUUCGACCGCCAGCAACUACUGACGACGAAUGGAAUUUGGGUACGACGACGCAACGGCGCCUGGCAGGCGAAAGUGCGAACAGAUCAUCUGAAUUCAACUUACACUAACUCCCGAUUCGAAGAGCUCUCCGAGCCCAGUGAGAUCCUGAAGCUAGUUCAACAAUUUGUCCGUGGAGUGGAAUAUCUUCCUACAGAGGAGAGCGGUUGCGAUGUGAGGGACUCCGGCCUGGAAGUGCUGGCGCGAUUUACGACAUCCAGGGACGUCUGGAAAAUCGACGAGAGAUUCGAGGUUGUGCUGGAUGGGACUGAUUUUGGUCACUGGGUGGGCGAGGUUGGAUUGCAACAGACCGUUUAUCUGGAUGACAACAAGAGGGAAGCCCUCGCUCAACGGCGUGUCAAAUGCGCAGAGAUGGACAGAGAUAUAGAGUCCUUUAUGGAGCACUACCGCUGGGCGUUCCCGGUCGAUAACCCGGUCGGCAAGCUAUCCGCCUAUUUUGCAAAGCGUUAA